GAAAAGAUCACACUUGCUUCCUCGCACAAGCUUCCCACUUCCAUAGGGGAAGAAGAAGAAGAGGAGGAGGAAGAAGAAGAGGAAGCCACUGUCAAUGGAUUCACAAGAGGUAUGGAACUUGGAGAAUGGUGAGGUAAAGGGGUUGAGCAACAAGGAUGGACCACAUUUAAUAAGAAACGCCCACACCAUGUCCUCUUCAUCCUUACGUAAGAGGUCGGAUCCGAUGCUUCUCCCCAAGGUUAGAUGCCGAGUCCUCAGACAAUUCCUCAACAAUCUUCAAGAGGUCAUCCUUGGGACCAAGCUUUGUCUGCUCUUCCCAGCCAUUCCUUUAGCAGUCUUAGCGAAGUGUUACCAAUUUGGAAGACCUUGGAUUUUUGCUCUGAGUUUAAUGGGGCUGACACCGCUAGCUGAACGUGUCAGCUUUCUAACUGAACAGAUAGCAUACUUCACUGGUCCAACAGUUGGAGGACUUCUCAAUGCAACAUGUGGUAAUGCAACAGAACUGAUAAUAGCCCUAUUUGCCCUUCACCAAAAGAAAAUCCUUGUGUUGAAAUACUCUCUUCUGGGUUCCAUUCUCUCCAACCUCCUCCUUGUUCUUGGGACCUCUCUCUUGUUUGGAGGCUUGGCUAACCUAAAAAAGGAGCAACUUUAUGAUAGAAAACAAGCUGAUGUGAACUCGCUGCUUCUACUGCUGGGAUUGCUAUGCCAUGUGCUUCCUUUGAUGUUCAAAUACGCUGCAUGGACAGACACAUUCACGGCCAUUUCCACUCUUCAGUUCUCAAGAGCCAGCAGCAUUUUGAUGCUUACAACAUAUGUUGCAUACCUCAUCUUCCAGCUCAAAACCCACCGCCAACUUUUCGAAUCACAAGAGGAAGAUGAAGAUGGUGAUGAUGAAAAGGCUCUGAUUGGAUUCUGGAGUGCAUUUAGCUGGUUGGUUGGCAUGACAGUUAUCAUAGCACUGUUAUCUGAGUAUGUUGUGGGCACAAUUGAGGCUGCCUCGGAUUCCUGGGGCGUUUCUGUUAGCUUUAUCAGCAUUAUUUUGCUGCCAAUAGUGGGAAAUGCUGCAGAACAUGCUGGGUCAAUCAUAUUUGCUUUCAAAAACAAGUUGGACAUAUCUUUGGGGGUUGCUUUGGGGUCUGCAACACAGAUUUCCAUGUUUGUGGUUCCACUCUGUGUGAUCGUGGCUUGGAUCAUGGGGGUUGCUAUGGAUCUUGAUUUCAGUCUCCUUGAAACCGGCUCUCUCGCCUUCGCCAUCAUUAUCACAGCCUUCGCUUUGCAGGAUGGAACUUCACAUUACAUGAAAGGAGUGGUUCUUUCUCUUUGCUACAUAGUAAUAGCUGCAUGCUUUUUUGUUCAUAAAAAUCCAAGUAUCCAUCAAUCAACUACUGACAGCUUGAGAGUGGUCCAAUCAUCGACCGGAGUCCUGACUGCUUAACAGGCUUGGCUUGGCCUUUGCAGUUCUCCAUGAAAUAAAGAAUGCUGCAUCAAGCAGAUUCAUUUGUUUUUUAUUCAUUGAAAUAGGCAUCUGCAAUUGAGAAGUACUGGAAAAUUGUUUACAUCCAUUUUGAUUUAAGGUGUAGUAAGAGAGCACAAGUUAAUUAUAGUGCAGAAGCCAUCAAAAUGGAGAGGGUAUGGUAUGUAGAAGAUGGGAACCCUUGGAGAGUUGGAGAAAAAAAAACACAGAACUUCCCAUUGAAGAUGUUUGUAUAUAACCCUCUGUUUAUAUGUAUUAAUUGUCUUUGUAAUUGGGUUUUUGCUUUUGGUGGUGGCAAAGAGAGCCCUCUGGAUUUUCUCUGUGGCUGGUUUUUAGUUUGGAUGUAUGCUAAGAGUUGAGGUUAAUCUGUAACUUUUGCUGAGCCAGAGAAGUUGCCAUUACUUCAUCUAAUGUAAUUAUAGCCAAUAAUGUAAAGCUCUGUGGACACCCAGAGCUUUACUCCUCUACUAAAUAAAAUCUCUCAACCAUUAAUGGAGCUUUAUUGCA